UCCUGCGUACUAUAAGAUCCUGUUAAUAUUUAUAGAGGUUCAAAGCACAGUAACAAAUGCACAGAGUUCAUGAAGCAUGGUGUAGAUAAAGAACUUCAAUGUUUAGAGGUUGAUCCCUGUCCACUGGGGGGAUCCUAUUAUCUGGUCUAAUCAACAUUUUUCUUUCCAAAGUUAUCUGAGUUUGACUCGUUAAAAACCUUUUGGGGACAGGCACUACUCUACAGCCCAGAGAUUGGCCAUGGGGUCUUGGUUGAAAUGGCCGAGCACAAGAAGGAAUUAGAGAAGAAAACAAAGCCGAUACUUGAUACUUACCAAGAUUUGCCGCCAGAUAAAGCUUUGGCUGCUUUGGCAAUCGAGGACAAGAAAAGGCAGUAUGCUGCCGCGGAGAAGUAUCUUGAAGAUGUCUUGCAUUCAGCUCUUGCCACUUCGGAGUGACUCAUGCACCAAGGGAUAGCCUAAAUUUUUGUGCGAUCGUUGUCUUAUUUCUGGACAAUAGGUGGGUAUGUAUUGCUGAUCA